ACGAUCCACCAAGAAAACACUCAUCUUCGAAUCUGUAUCCCGAUGCAUUUAGUUUCCAUGGCAACAACAAACUGCUAGGAGAAUGAACAACGCCAAGCUCGCAGCAUCUCCCGCCCCCUGCUCUGCACACGGCCCCCAACUCGGGCACAUUUACACACAAAAAUAACUCCACCACUUGUUUGGUGCGAGGGGCGAGGAGCUACAGAAUGGGGUCCGUUACAUUCCAGCUAGCAGUGUUGUGUAUCAUCACGCUCUACUCACAAGCGGAGAGCGAAUCAGCGGAGUUGUACGCUCUGGGAAAUAAGUUCUUCGAUUGGCGCAUGAGUGAACGACCUCUACAGGCCACCAAGAGGAACAUCUACAACUACAACGAUGACCUCGAGGUCCUGAGUCUGGACAAACUGAAGGACAAUAAGGCCGUAGCUGACGACAUGAUGUCGCAACUUAGAAACAUAUCCGUUGAGGACUUGGACGGUGCGGACAUGACGUCAUACAGUAUCCUGUACGACAUGCUCAACACCUUCAUCGAAGGAUACUCCUUCUUGAACUACAGCCUGAACCCGGUGAACUUCAUGGAGGGUAUUCAGAGGAACCCCCUCGCGUUUGUCAAUAUGAUGCCGUUCAACACCGUCGGGGACUUCGAAAACUACAUCGCCCGGCUCCAACUACUUCCCCAGCAGUUGAAGCAGAUGGAGUCGCUGAUGUUGGAGGCGAUCAGGAGGAACACGACGCUGCACAAAGUCUCGGUGAUGCGGUUGGAGCGCCAGAUCGAGCUCCUGUCUGUCGGUGACGUCACAAAGUCCGUGUUCUUCCUUCCCUUCAUCACGCUGAAAGACUCCAGCAUUCCGGGGCAACAGUGGAGUGACAUCAGGCGCCAUGGCUAUGAGGCGACCCGGAAGUUACUGCAGUCAUACCGGAUGUUCCUCAACUGGCUCCGUGCGAUGUACAUCCCAAGGACUCGGCGCAGCUACGGUGUCAACAAAGACUACUACGAAGCCUGUUUGAGGUGGUACACGUCUGUCAACAUCACCGCCGAAGAGGUGCAUGAACUUGGUUUGAAGGAGGUAGAGCGAAUCAAAGAGAGGAUGAGCGAGAUUAUGGAAAGACAGAAUUUCACGGGCACAGUCGCAGAAUAUUUCCAGUCAUUAAGCGAAGACCAGCGUUUCUUCAAGAGUAGCCCGGCGGACAUUCUACAGGAGUUCCGGGAUAUGAUCAAGCACAGAAUCAACCCAUACCUGCCAGAGAUGUUCUACGAAAUGCCCAAGUUUGAUAUCGAAGUGGUGCCGAUGAUGUCUGACGGUCCGGCAGGCCGCUACUCACGUCCCUCCCCAGACGGAUCCAUCCCCGCUACCUUCAUCGCCAACGUGAUGCACCCCCGAAACAUGCCGGUGUACACGUUCAUGUCGCUGGCGAUGCACGAGGCCAACCCGGGGCAUCACUUCCAGAUCAGCGCUGCCAUGUCUGCCAACACACCCCGGUUCAUGAAGUACAUGGAACACCCCCACUACUACCAGGCGCCUUACGCCUUCCCCGCCUACUCAGCCUUCACGGAGGGCUGGGCGUUGUAUGCGGAGUCACUGGGUGAGGAGUUUGGGCUGUACCGAGACGACUAUGAACUGAUGGGCCGGUACAGCUCCGAGAUCUUCCGAGCGGGACGCCUCGUUGUGGAUACUGGUAUCCAUUACUACGGCUGGGACCGCGAUCAGGCUAUCGAGUACCUGCUGAACAUCACUGCCAAGGGGAGACCAUUCAUCGAGGUGGAGGUGGACCGCUAUAUCACGUGGCCUGGACAAGCAUGCUCCUACAAGAUCGGGGAGUUGACCAUCAAGAAGCUGAGGAAAAUGGCCGAGGAAAAGCUAGGAGACCAGUUUGAUAUUCGCGAGUUCCACUCGUCGGUUCUGGAGUAUGGCUACAAGCCCCUGCAUGUCCUGACCGAGAAACUGAAAGCCUGGACCGCCAACCAGGUGGACACUGUCUCGACAAGGUCCACCAGUAGUCACCUGCAGAUUCACACCCUCACGUGUCUAAUCGUUACCAUAGUUACAUGUUUAUACACACGUCUUGUCUGAAAUGUGGGACAGAGUCAUAUUUUGGAAUGAGUUUGAUUUAUCCGGAAGGAAGUUCUAUACACACUGAUGAUAAAGAGAUGAUAACAUGGCUUUUUUAAUCAUAAAAAAUUAAGUGGGUCAAUAAAAUGAGUGAUAGGAUGAACUGUAUUUGACGAACUGUGACGCAUAAAAAUGGAUCGGAAUAAUUGCACGUGCAUGACGUGCUAAUGUAAAUAUUUCUAUCGCAAAUAAUCGUCGUGUUUUACACGUGAUGAAAGAUUCCUGUCACCAACACCUGAUGUACAUGGUGUGUUUGCGCAUGUGCUGUUUAGAUUGACUAUGGCGAUGCGAAAUAGGUAUACGUAGAGAUAUAAAAAUACUCUUAAGGUGAGCCAGGGUUGCAUAGAACCCUGGAAUUAUGGGAAGUACAUUACAGCUUAUCGCUUCAGCUAAAACUGAACAUCGCGUGUCGUGUCACAUUACUCCUAAUUGUUUAUGUCUAUUCCGGCUGCAUCUGACAGGUUCGAUGAAGGAAUAUUCGUGGCUUUUGUCACAAGAUAAGGAAUCACAGGAUCAUCAUCGUCUAUACCUGUACAUAGCGGCGGCGGCGGUAACAUCCUCACGUGGGAUGCCAUUGGUUUUGUGGCCUGCAGUUACUGCUGUCCGGAGCCUGCAUCACUUCCGGCUGACCGUGAGUUUAACGUGACAAAUCGAGAUGAUGUACUUCCGGUAUUAUUGACACAGAAUGAGUGUAUUUCAGUUUGUGUUCUUUCAUCAAGUUCAUAUUUUGUUACUGGUUCAGGAAAUACUAACGAAACUUUCCAAAUGAUUACAGCCCCACACAACAUAAACACAUAGAUUACCCAAUACAACACGUUGCACCUACAAUAUGUAUGUAAAAUGAAAUAUAAGACCUGUUUUACAAAAUUCAUGAUUGGACUUUAUAUACGUAAAUUAUAUGCAUGUAUCAUGGUUUCCAUAUAAAGUAACACCUAGUAUUGGCCAUGUGUUUGCUGUGACCAAGGUUCACGUUCUCCAAGAGUUCGAACUGUUUCAUAUACUAUUAACAUAUACACUCAUAUACCCAGGUAUAUAUAUAUAUAUAAGUUUUAUAAAAUAUCACAUUCUUGUUACGCGUGUUUAAAGUUAUCCCCCUUUUGUUUGUGUACAUGGACUGAGAGUGAUAUUACAUUGUUACAUACGGUUACAUUGUUACAUAGUUUAUUUAACAGAUGCUAGAUGUGGGUUUAUAGGACUGAUGCUUCUGUACUGUAUGUAGCGGCAUCACUGUAUACAUCCUUCACAUAGAUCGUAUAUAGCUGACAGGCAUCCUUCCCUGUGUGGUCUGACUGAUGGUUUACACUUGUAUUGUAGCUGCUAUUUAGCUGUAACUAUAGAGUCACAUCCGGUACGUGUACCGACUGCAGCUACACAGUGUACUAUACUAUACAAUACCUAUAGUAAAUAUUUUGACUGACUCAAUAUUUUACAGUUUGUAUACAGUUUGUAAUCUAAUGUAAAAACUUGCAUAUUUCAAUGCUUAUAUCACCCAUAUCUUAAACUGAAAGGAUUUCGUCCCUUAGUCAUUCCAGGAUCCGCGGUUAAUAGGUUCGAAUCACGGACAAGCCCUGGUUGUGAUAUCCAGGAUCCAUGGGGGUUUCACCAGUGAGAGUUCUACCCGCGGCCCUCAGAGGUGUUUCCUGCAGUAUUGACCUCACAUACUUAAAUGCUGGUAACAAAACAACUCACUCAAAGUAUUAUGAUCCAAGGUUUACAUAAAUGCUCCGCUAAAAGACAGAGUUUUCCCUGCAAUGGUCAGGCUGACCUUUUAUUGUAGUAACCGCACUACAACGUCUUUGGAAGUGGAAGACCUCGGGCGAGAGCUGGCGUGGCGUCUUUAUAUUUCUCCCGCUAAUCUGGAUGUUUUGUUUUAGAAUUAGGGGCUGUGGAGAUUGAGCUUACAAGGAAUUCCGACGUUUGUUUAAUUAAAAUACUCACACUGCGGUCGUCUUAUGUUUUCGCUUUUCUUAAAGUACAUACGACGUUCAUUUAUACUGUGUGUGAAAUAAAAUGCAUUUUGUUGUA